AUGUCGACACCCCCUCAGGGCACUCCGCAGGGCACUCUGCGUCAGCGGAAUGUCCCCGGUUCUUCUAAAAAGAAGAAUGGUAGUUCUGAUGAUGUGGAUUCGGAGCUCGAUAGCCUUGUCAAGGCAAACAAGAAGAUCACCAAGAAACACUCAGAAUGGGACUACAAGGUUGCUCUGACCGUGAUCACGGUCUUAGCCUUCAUUUCGAGAUUUUGGGGUAUUAGCCACCCGAAUGAAGUUGUCUUCGAUGAGGUUCACUUCGGUAAAUUCGCUUCGUUUUACCUCGAGAGAACUUAUUUCUUCGAUGUCCACCCUCCGUUCGGAAAACUUCUCUUCGCCCUUAUGGGAUGGCUUGUAGGAUAUGACGGGCACUUUCACUUCGAGAACAUCGGCGAUUCGUAUAUUGCGAACAAGGUCCCUUAUGUGGCUUUUCGCUCUAUGCCCGCACUUCUCGGCUCGUUGACCGUCUCGGUGACUUACCUUAUCAUGUGGGAAUCAGGAUAUAGUCUUCCGGCAUGUAUCGUCGCUGCUGGUCUCGUUCUUCUGGAUAACGCCCACAUCGGUCAGACCAGGUUGAUUCUACUUGAUGCUACCCUUGUGUUGGCCAUGGCAUGCAGUCUGUUAUGCUACAUCAAGUUCUACAAGCUGAGACACGAGUCUUUUAGUCGUAAAUGGUGGAAGUGGCUCAUUUUGACCGGCUUCGCGCUCUCUUGCGAUAUCUCUACUAAGUAUGUCGGACUCUUUGCCUUUGUCACUAUUGGUUCUGCUGUCGUCAUCGACUUAUGGGAUUUACUCGACAUUAAACGACCCGGCGGCGCGUUAGACCUUCGAGAAUUCGCUUAUCACUUCGGUGCUCGUGCUCUCGGGUUGAUUAUUAUUCCUUUCCUAUUUUACCUAUUCUGGUUCCAGGUUCAUUUUGCUAUCUUGACGCGAUCUGGUCCUGGUGAUGAUUUCAUGACCCCCGAGUUCCAGGAGACGUUAUCUGACAAUGUCAUGCUAGCCAAUUCUAUCGGCAUUGACUACUACGACACCAUUACUAUACGUCAUAAAGAAACCAAAGCUUAUCUUCAUAGCCACGAUGCGAAAUACCCUCUCCGCUACGAUGAUGGCCGAGUUUCCAGCCAAGGUCAACAGGUAACAGGAUAUCCGUACAAUGAUACUAACAACUAUUGGCAAAUUCUCCCUGUCACCGACGAUCAUCAGAUGGGCCGCCACGUCAAGAACCACGAGCUCGUCAGACUACGACACUUGGUGACGGAUACAGUUCUGUUAUCCCAUGACGUUGCCUCUCCUUACUUCCCUACCAAUCAGGAAUUCACUACUGUACCUUUGGCUGACGCGUAUGGAAGUCGCUCAGCGGAAACUCUUUUUGAGGUCAGAAUCGAACACGGCAAACCCAACCAAGAGUUUAAGAGUGUUUCUAGCCAUUUCAAGUUGAUCCAUAACCCUAGCAAAGUCGCAAUGUGGACACAUACGAAACCUCUUCCAGAGUGGGGACAUAAGCAGCAGGAGAUCAACGGAAACAAGCAGAUUGCGCCCAGUUCGAAUGUUUGGAUCGUGGAGGAUGUUCCGUCUGCCCCGGCUGAUUCCCCUCGCCGACAGAAGCAAGAGCGCCAGGUUAAAACUCUACCAUUCCUUAGGAAGUGGUUCGAGUUGCAGCGUUCGAUGUUCUGGCACAACAGCCAGUUGACUAGUAGUCACCCGUAUGCUAGCCAGCCGUACCAAUGGCCAUUCCUACUGAGGGGAGUCAGCUUCUGGACACAGAACGAGACCCGCCAGCAAAUUUACUUCCUAGGUAACCCUAUCGGUUGGUGGAUUGCUAGCAGUUUGAUUGCCGUCUAUGCCGGUAUCGUUGGUGCUGAUCAGAUGUCUCUACGCCGCGGUAUCGAUGCUUUAGACCAUCGUACCCGUUCUCGUCUUUAUAACUCUACUGGAUUCUUUUUCCUAGCAUGGGCCACGCAUUAUUUCCCAUUCUUCACUAUGGGGCGUCAGCUUUUCUUGCAUCACUACCUCCCUGCUCAUCUCGCGUCAUGCCUUAUCGUCGGUUCCCUGCUUGAAUUUGUAUUCAAUGCCGAGCCGUCUGCGGAGGAGCCGUCCUACGAGGAUGUCAAGUCAGGCAAGAAGCCUGCUCCGGGCCCUCGGCGACACAUCACCGCCCGAGAGAGAUUCGCCGGCCAGAGUAUGGUCCCGGCAUGGAUCGCAUGCAUUGUUAUUCUAUCUUUAGUCUUCGCUGGCUGGUACUUCUUCCUGCCGUUGACCUACGGUUACCCCGGCCUUAGCGUGGACCAAGUCCUCCGACGGAAGUGGCUCGGAUACGAUCUCCACUUUGCCAAAUAA